AUGCCUCAAUUAUUGCGAAACAUUAAUGAGAUCAUCGAAGCCUUUGGGCGCUACGCCAGGACUGAGGGCAGCUGCCCAGUGCUUACCCGGGGGGAGCUGAAAAGGCUCCUGGAACAUGAGUUUGCUGAUGUCAUUGUGAAACCCCAUGAUCCUGCCACUGUGGAUGAAGUCCUGCACCUGCUGGAUGAAGAUGAUACAGGGACUGUGGAGUUCAACGAAUUCCUGGUCCUGGUGUUUAAAAUCACCCAAGCCUGUUUCAAGACAAUGAGUAAGAGUCCUGAGGAUACUUGUGGAUCUCAAGAGUCUGGAAGCCUCCCCACUGGGGCCUCACAAGAGCUGAGGAAAGAACAGAGCAAGAGAGCUGAGGUGCGACAGAUUAGGGAAGGACAGAUUUGCGAAAGGAGCCAAUGUGUACAGCGCACUCUGGCCUCCAGGGGACAGGCAGGUGUUGGGGCUCAGAACCAUGCUCAGGGUCUUGGCCAGGAUAGGCAGUCUGAAUCUCAGAGACAAGAGAAAGAAAGUCAGCAGACACAAGCUCGGAGACAUGUGCAGCAGACCCAAAGAGUAGGAGGAGACAAGAGUCACCAGAUCAGACAGAGGGAGUCAGAGAGACAGUCACAGACCAGGGAACAAGACAGAGCACAGAAGACAAGUGAAUUAGUGACUAGAACUGGAACUCAGACCCAGACAGAUGAAAACCAAACUGUGGAGCAGGAUAGGAGCCAUCAUAUAGAAAGUCCUGACACACGGUCACAGGAGUCCACCCAUGGCCAGACCAGAGGGACUGAGGUCCAGGGUCAAGAUAGGAGCCAAACAAGCCAGAUACUAACAGAACAUGUAAGCCAGAUACUGACAGGAGAAUGUGUUCAGACACCGGGAGGUGCCACCCAGGCCAUGGAACUAGACAGGAGCCAUCAGAUAGGAAGCCCUGACACACAGCUACAGGAGUCCUCCCAUGGUCAGACCAGAGGGUCCAAGGUCCAGGGUCAAAACAGGUGCCAAACAAGUGAAGUGGUGACAGGAGAACAGAUUCAGACACAGGCAGCCUCAGAAAACCAGACACACACUCAGGCCAUGGAGCAAUACAGGAGCCACAAUGCAAGUGACAUAGGAGAUAGAAAUGAGGGACAGACCCAGAGGCAGUCAGGCCGUGGUCACAGAUGGACACAAGUGAGCCACUAUGAGGCAGGAGAGAAAAAGCUGGGAGGACGGGCCCAGGCUGGGACAAACACUCUGACAGGCAGACAGGACUGGAGGAGCACUCACCCAAGAUGCAGUGUGACAGGUGGACAGAGAGAGAGAGAACCCACAGUGGUUACCCAGGAGUGGGUGGAUGACCACACAAGGGAGAUGGAGAUCCCAAGGCAGGGGCAUGGUAGCCUGCACACUGGCAUGCCUUCAGCCCAGGGCCAGGAAGCAGCCCAGCCAGAAGGGAAGCGAGGCCUCACAGCCAGGGGGCUAUAUUCCUACUUCAAGAGCAAUAAGCCAUGA